AACAUAAUCGGAAAUAAAAAUAUAAUAAAGAAUUAUGAAUAUUGUCUUUUUACAGUAUUUCCUGACGAUGAUAUCUUUUUACACAGCAAUGAGAACAAUAAUUGGUGAUUAGAAUCAGAGAAGGCAAUUUACAUAUGUGAUAUAUUUCACAUCUGUUAAACCAUUGCAGGCACAAUAUAAAUUAAUAACUAGAUAUCAAUAUUUUAUAUGUACCAAAUAAGUAAAAAUUAUUAUUUGAUAUUAAAAAUUAUUAUUCUAAACAAAUUUUAAAAUACAAGUUUUAUCGAAAAAUAUUUAAGAUAAAAGUAUCUUGAAGUGAUUUUUAGGACAGGCAAACUUCUACUUGUCUACUCUUUCUUUUUCUGCUUAAUAGUACUUAUAAUUUAAAUAUUUAAAAUAAAAGUAGCAAAAUAGCAAUUUUGUUUUAAAACAAUACUUUUUUUAAUGCACAGAUUGUAAAGUAGCAUGAUUAAAUUGUUCAUAAAAUAGCACAAGUAAUUAUUAAGAGUAUAAAGAUGAUAUUAGUCUCUCAUUAUUGAUAGCAAAAAAGUUCUAUGUGUAUGUAUGUGUUUUGUAGCACACUUUAUUUUACAAAAAAUAAACAAUGAUAUCAAUAUAACAAUUAAAUAAGCUAUCAAUUAUAUAAACAGCAUUAAUUCCUUGCAUGUAUUAAACAUUAUUAUAUAUAUUUUAUCAAAAAAACAAAACAAAUAUCACUAUGAAAAACUCUUCAGCUAAUUUUACAUGAUCUUUGUUUUUUUCUUAUUGUACUGUAUAUAUCGUGCAUAUUUCCACAUUCACUACACCGGGUGCUUUCUAUUUAGUGACUCAAGUUGACACAAGUAUCAUUCUAUCUUCUUUCAAUACCAGUGAACAACAAAGAUAGAAUGAUGCUUUUGUCGACUUGAGUCACUAAAUGGAAAGCACCCACUAUAGAUACUUCUUAUAGACGUUAACAUCGGAUAUAUUCCUUCCAAAACAAUCUAUGCAAAUUGCUAGGUUUAUUAAAUGAGAGAGUAAUUGUGGAACGCUAGAUUUAACAAAAGCUGAAUAUCAGCUACGUUUAAAAGCUAUGUACAAUGCAUUUUCCUUAUAUCUCACUUUCAUUCGUAUCAUAUCUCAUUUCCUCUAUCAUUUGUAGACCAUCAAUUACUUUCUUCUUAAUCAUGCGCCUUGAAAGGAAUGCAUAAUGAAUAGCGUGUGAACGCUAGAAUUGUAAAAUAUAGAUUUAACAAAAGCUGAAUAUCAGCUACGUUUAAAAGCUAUGUACAAUGCAUUUUCCUUAUAUCUCACUUUCAUUCGUAUCAUAUCUCAUUUUCUCUAUCAUUUGUAGACCAUUAAUUACUUCCUUUUUAUCAUGCGCCUUGCAAGGAAUGCAUAAUGAAGCAUCGAUUUAUGUCGUUCAGUAUCGCCUGCUAUAACAAUGAUGUAUAGCUGUAUUUCGCGCAAAGUAGGGAAGAUAUGAAUAUAUCUGCAAAUACCAGGAGUUGCGUUCUUAGUGAUCUGAGAUAAUGGUGCUAAUCCGUAUCAAUAUUCAUCAGAUAUUUCGCAUACUCGAAAUUUGUGGGAUGUUCACAAGCACAUGGCCACCAGAAUCCACAGCCGGAAAGCGAGAAAUCUUCCUUCGAGAUCUCGGUUGGACUUUGGCAAUUUUGAAUGUGUUGGGCUCGUUGCCACCGCUGAUUCUUGGCGCAUGGUAUUCUGAAAACGAUAUUAUUCGAAUGAUGAAGGCAUUAUCUGAAUUGACAGCAUUGAUGGAAGUACUUUUUAAUUUAAUCCUGUGUAGGAUAGGAAGAUCGCGAUUACAGGUUAUACAGAAACUUUUAGCACAAUUGAGGAACUUUCUCAAACAUUCCGAGUUGCAUGAGAGGCAUAUUAUACAAAAAUAUAUAAAUCGUUACUCGGGCUUCUAUGCCUUUGUUGGAAUAUCCUAUAUCCUGGCAGCGAUCACUUUUUCCUGCGGUCCCUUGUUCUUGUCGAUAAAUCUCCCAAUGGAAGCAUGGUAUCCGUUUUCUAUCGAAACUCCCUACACUAGAGGUAUUCUUUACAUUCUACAAGUAUUCGCCAUUUUGCAAACUGGAUUCUGUAUCACGGUGGAUUUCAUGAUUGCAAUGUUCUUCUGGUAUUCCGCUGCAAGACUGGAAAUGCUGGGACAAGAAUUUCAACAAAUAACACACGAAAGUCAUGUAAAAACGUGCAUCCAAAAACAUCAAGGAAUAAUAAAAACAAAAAUCUAUUUUAUUGUUGUAAUUAAUGUCAGUAUUAGUUUUGUAGAUGAAGUUCAGUAUACAGUUCGAUAUUUAAUUUGCAAAUCAAAUAUUACAAUGGCCUUUGCCGUAAUUUGCGGAGCUUUUCCGUUAAUUCAUAAACAACCUCUGGCUGUAACGGCACAAUUUAUCUGCAUGGUAUUAGGUGGAUGUGAGAGACUUUAUAUUACGGCUUGGCCGGCAGAUGAUUUAGCAGAAAUUAGUCAACAAAUUGCUUGGUCUGCAUAUAGUAUACCGUGGUACGAAAAAUCUCAUGAAACAAUCACUAAUAUAUCUAUUUUUAUACAAAGAAGCCAGAAACCACUUUUGAUAUCUAUGGGCGGUAUGUUUCCAGUGCUGUCAGUACAAUAUUAUGCUAAUUUCCUGAAAACGAUUGCAUCUUAUUUUAUGACGAUGAGAGCUGCAAUUGCUGAAUAAAGCAGUAAUCUGUC